AUGUGUUAUGUCGGAAAAGCAACAAAGAUCUUCAUUUUCAUUGUUACAGUGUUGGUGGUUCUGGGUCUUGUCUUCGGAUUCGGACUCUUACGCCAUGGCAUCCGAAAAUCUCAUAAUUGCUCCGGUGAUUCUUGCCAUUCUCCACCCAAUCUCUUCCCAAACCCUGGCUCCAACCUUCCUACUCCUGCAGGCUCCUCCCAGCCCAGCCCAGCUCCCCCUGACCUCGGCUCAACUCCACCUAGCCCUCCAAAUUAUAGUACUCCUCCUGACCCUGGUUCAAUUCCACCACCUAGCCCUCCUAUACUAACUCCCCCUUUCCAGGCAACUCCGCCUACAUCUAACUCAAUUCUUCCGCCUCCGACACUAUCCCCAACGCCACAGUCUUCGGAUAUUACAACGGGUCCUUAG